CGUUAUCGAGCCGUGAAAACCUGAAAAGUGCUAUGUGUAAGCAGAAAAUCAUCUGAUCUGCAACCUUUUUACCUACAUUUGGCUAACUUACGACCACGGACGCGAAUGUUUCGGAAUAAACUAAACUAAUAGUGUCUUAAAUUGACAUUCCAUAUCUGGUGCAUGAAGAAAUUUAGUUUUGUGUAAAUUAAAUCAAUUUGUGAAUGAUCAGGCUGAAAAAAUAGUACUACAUCCCAACUGUCUCUUCCAAUAUGGCUGAAUCUGGGUCUCCCUCUGAAGCCAGUGAAAAGCGCAUGACCUUAAAACGUAAAAGAAGCUCUUCUGAUGAUGAGUUAGAAAACCAGCCUCCACAGAAGAUAGCCUCAACCCUUGAUGAACAAUUAUGUGAUCAACCAGCGCUUCAUGUUGUGGUAGAAUCAUCAUCAUGCUCAAGCGAUGAUGAAGGCUCUCAAUAUGGGAACAGUGAUCAACCAAGGAGUGUUUAUACAGACAUUGACUACAACCCUGACAGCUUUCUGAGCCCACCUAGUGUUUCUGAUCUACCCAACAGCGUACUGAGUCCCUUAGAAAAUGUGGCCAGAGGCGAGUCCACCCCACACUCUAAUAAAAGGGCUAAUGCUAGUAAGCCUCCAUGCCCUACACCUCCAAAACGCAAAUGUCCCUUGCCUGGAUUGUCUUGGGCUGAUCCUGCUGAUGUCUGGAACAGCAUGUGCGAGUGUGAUGCCAGGUCCAGCAAGAAGAAGAACCCUAACAUGUUUGACAAUCAUCCUAAUCUUCAGCCCCGGAUGAGAGCUAUUUUACUGGACUGGCUAAAUGAGGUCUGCGAGGUAUACAAAUUACACAGAGAAACGUUUCAUCUGACAGUGGACUACGUAGACAGAUACUUAUCGAAUACAGAAGACGUACAGAAAGGGAGACUGCAACUUAUAGGUAUAACGUGUUUAUUCAUAGCGGCUAAAGUGGAAGAGGUAUAUCCGCCGAAAAUAGCAGAGUUUGCUUACGUCACCGACGGAGCCUGCACGACCGAGGAAAUACUUCUGGAAGAACUUCUAAUCCUCAAGAUUCUCUCGUGGAGCAUCACACCAAUAACCAUCAACAGCUGGCUGAACGUAUACAUGCAGCUAGCCAGCGAAGGGAAAUCUGCCAAGAGAAGGCUGCUAGGCGAGAGUGAUGUGGCCGCGAACGCUUUAAGAGGGUACACAUUCGUGUUCCCUCAGUACUCGUCAUUAGAGUUUGUGAUAUGUGGACAAUUAGUGGACUUGGCUGUUUUACAUGUGGACGUUAAUUUGUUCUCAUACAGUGCUGUCGCGGCGGCGGCUAUAGCGCAUACGUACAACAGGGAGCUGGCGAUGAGGGUCUCAGGUUACAAGUGGGAGUCCCUGUCGGAGUGCUACACGUGGCUGGAGCCGUUCGCGCGGUCGCUGCGCGAGGCGGGCGCGGGCGGGCAGGUGCGCGCCGCCGACGGGGAGUUCGUGCAGCCCGCCGCCGCGCUGCGACACAUCUGUCCCGACAUCAACCCCGACGAGAGCCACCGCAUCCAGCAGCACAACGUCACGCUCGACAUGUUUGAUAAAGUUUACCAAGCCAUAUUAGAGCAUUCAUCACAACAUGAAGUCUGCCCAUCAACAUCGGUAGACACGGACCACAUAUACCCGCCGACCCCUCCGCACUCCGACCACAAAAGCCCCAAGACUCCCACUACAAAGACUCCGUCGAACAGGCAUGAACACGAACUAAGGAUACAUGCUGACUGAUACAUCUGUAUGUACACUGCUCUGUGUAGUUAAGUCUUUAGAUAUUCCGAGUUCUUAUUGAUUGUCAGAAGAAUGUCUUCUAGUUUAAAGAACAUGAGUAUCCUAUUAUACAAUUAUUAUUUUAAAAAUAAACCUGUGCUGAAGGUAGUCUAAAGAAACUACAAUUGAACUAUAAGCAUUGUAUUGGCACCUACCAAUACAUGCAUUUUAUCAAUGAACAACUGACAAGUUCAGAAUUGUCUUGACACUUCAUGGCAAGAUCAGACAGAUGUCUAUUGACAAAUCUUGCAAUGAUAUCUGCCUUAACAAAGAUAUUCUUUGUGGAACCUUAUAAAUAUUAUAUUCUCUUAGAACAUAAAACUAAAGAACUGAAGGUAAUAGUAAAACUAUAAAUAACUUUUCAGUUUACAGUAGCAUUAUUGACUUUUCCAACUGGAUUUAUGAAAACGGAUGUCCUUGUGAUGCUUCAGUUUCGUAUAAUUAUAAUAUGUAAAUUGAACAAUCAUCAUA